CAAACCCCCGCAUAGUAAGCACGCAACAAACGGACCGCAAACAAGCGCUUGACAUUUGGACACCGCCAUGAAGCUAACUCUGCGACGCUACUCCUGGGUGCUGCUGUUCCAGUUCGCCCUUUUGGGAGUGGACCUCUUCUGCAACGCCUUUGGUCCUUCGCUGGCCAGAAACCGAUUGCAGACAGCCAUAAUACUCUUUGUCACCCAGGAUGCCCUGAUCAUCGCGGAGUACCUGCUGUUCACCCUCGCGCUGCACUCAACGUGUGUGUACCAGGUCGGCGCCUCGCACAUAAUCCUGCGGAACUGCAAGCUCUUCAUGGCCAGCAUUACCAUCUACUUUCUGCUGUCCGCCUCCCAGCACUUCUGGAUCAUCUACCAAUACCGUCAGCCGCCAGAAGAGGACGGCCACCAUUGGCCAUUGGGUCUGAUUGCCCUAUCAGUGGCACAGCGCAUCAUGUCGGUUUUCUAUUACUACAGCUCCAAGUCGACGGCGCUGACCAUGGCAGAUCCUCGCUUCAAGGAGGAGCAUCUUGACUGGAUCGCAGAUCAGUUGGGCGACAAGUAAGACGACUGUUAAGUGGACAAUGCAAUGAGUGAGUCAGGAUAAGAAGUGUACUGUACAUAGAGUUAUGAUAUAAAUAGAUAUUCUAUAAAGAUAUCCAUGCCUCGUUAGUCGCUGAUUAAAUACAUAAAUGAUAAAUCCCUAUUCCGUAGAUAGCACAUAAAUUAAAGCGACCGAGUAUAGAUGCAUAUGACAUUUUGGACUCACGUGUGAUUAUUGUUUCAUUAGCAUUCAAAUUUCCUGACAAUAUUGUAGAUCUCUUGCUCCCGAAACUAUUGUGUAUAUGUAAAUGUAAAUACAAGUAAAUAUACUUUAUUAAAUUAUUGAUCCCAUAUAACAAACAACUAAACCAGUUAUACAAUUUAUUUUUGUAGUAUCUGAAUAUAUUGCAAGGACUGCAAAAAAUAAUAACCUCUAUAUUUAUAAAUAUUUACAUUUAAAUCGUGGUACAGCACCAUUUCUUAUUGAUGGAAGGAUUUAGCCUAAGUUAAUAAAACUAAUCUGACAUUAAAUAACAUAGUCAAUUAAGAUCAACAA